AUGUCAUUCAACUCCAAAAACCUACACUACGACAAACAAGAGCCAUCCUUUCUCCGUAAACUGAAAGGACAAUACGCUGGGUUGGACGGAAGAUCGAAUGUUCAAAUAGCCAGACCCAAGAAAGACCGUCUGAAAACCGGAGACGGGGAUGAAGACGAUCCACUCAUCGUGGACGAGUCAGGCGAAACGGUAGAAAAGGCCGAAUUCGAGAGGAGACAGAGGGAAGGCGACGAUCCCGAACUUGAACGGCAGCCAAAUACGGAGAAUGGCGACGACAAUGGUCAAGAUGGAAAACAGGAACAGCAACAUCAAAACGAGAGACAAAAAGUCACGGAAAUCGGAUCGUCCGCCAACGCCAAGAAGAGGAAAGUCGGAAAGGUGGUGACGAGUGAUGAGGUUGACGACCGAGGAGAAGUGAAUGUAGAUGGUCAGUCGAUUGUGAAGAAGUCACAGAGAUCAAGGCUGGAAGACCCGGAUGACGCCGAAGCCAAAUCACCAAAGAAGAAGGAUCAGGUCAAGAAAAAGGGCAAGAAGAUUAAAUUGUCGUUUGAUGACGCGGAUGGUUGAGUAUAAUCCGAACUGGUCAUCACGAACACGAAGGCAUCGAUCUUUUGAGGUUCAGGAUUUGCGACCCGCUCAAGACACAUGGAGCUAUGAGAUAAGCCAUUUCAGUCAUCGCCCCAGAACAGGAUCGUUGCGAUCAAGCAGAAUGAAGCUUCGACGACAGAAAGAGUUCAUGACAGGCUCAGUCACACCGACCAGUUGCCAUGGUAUCAUGGCGGAGUCGAAGGUAUGAUGAUUCUAAGGCCUUAUGUCGUAGAACAUCAUCCCGACCGACGCACAGCUACGAGAAACGCGACAUCUUCGACAUGUAUACUACAGACUUGCAGCAGGUGUCGUAUUUACUAUGCAAUGUACACUGAGGACGUCUCGCUGAGAACCAAGGAUGAGACGAGUCUCACGAUAUGAUGUAUUG